CAGAGCUUUCACAACUGGACAAUAGCCACGAGCACGACAAGAGCUUGCAACACUUGUUGUGGGGCUGAGUGAUGUCCCAUCAUCAAUGUUGCAAUGGAGAAUUCAACCGAAAUGAAAGACAUCCUACAAAUAGUCGUGCAUGCUUUCCUCAUGAUGAAAGAGGUGGGCAAAAAGCCCAAAUGUCAGUUCGUCACCAGAAUGUGUCCGAUGUUCUCCGCCCAUGAGAAGAACUUACGAGACAGGAAAACUGCUCAUAGCAACAGUUAAACGAGAUGACCCAGGGCAGCAGCCAAAAUGGAAAGGAAAGAGAGAACAAGAGCUUCACUGAUGUGAGGAGUACAGUCCAGACACCGGGAACUGCUACAUUCCUGGACUCUGGAAUGGAAACCACCAAUGGCAACCGGUCAAUGCAGGGUACAGCGAAGCUGUGUAUGAGCUGAAGAAGAACAUAAUCCAUAUUUUGGGAAGCUGUGAAUCAUCUGCUAAUGAUAUCUUGGAGUUUACAGAGUGGAUGGAAAAGUCUUUAAUGCAGUUAAGCAUGAAAACUUCAUCUUCAGCUUCAGAAAACAGCCUGGUGGCUGAUGCAUACAUGAAGCUGUGCACGAAUUCAACAAAUGGGAAUGGGAAUUCAGACAAUUCAUGUACAUGUGGGUUACAAAUGCAGAAACAAGGAUUUACAACUUUGGUACAGUUGCUGGUAAAUCUGAGAUAUCUGACAUGUCAGAAUGUGUUCCCUCGGUUGAAAAAGUGAAGCUUGCACAGUGCUGUCUGAAUGGGAGAUGAAGCUUCUUGGAAAUGUGGCACAGUACUUCAAGCAAAUAGAGGGUCAUGUCUCUCUUGUUGAAGGAUACAAAGAGGACUUUGCAAGCAGUGCAAAGAGUCUUCGACGAGAAAUGGAGAGCUCCGUGUUUAAUCAGCUCACAGCAGCAGCUGACAUCAGACAUGGGGAUGACAGAACUUGAUAGAAUUAAGGAGAACCACACAAAGAUUUGGAGGGGAGAGUGUGUGCAUUGAUAGACAAAUGUCGGGAACAAAAGGUAAAGAUGGCAGACAAAGAGCUUGACAUAGAAUUUGAUAAGAUGUGGAAAAAAAACAGCAGAUGAACUCUCCUUUUCAAAACAAAGGACCACAAAUGUCAUCACUUUUGUGUCCCACUGCCUGAGAGAAAAUCUAUUACGCAAGGGGGGUCAUGCAUGGGAAUUAUUACAUAAAAAAAGGCUGAAAGAGUGGUGGACUGGUGCCAUUCAAAUAUACAGUGGACGGUUUUACAAACAGUUAAACACACAUUCCGCAGUUCUUCAACAUUGAAGAUCACAUAAUGGUUUUACAAAACCUAGCUGACUGUAUCAUUGCAAAUUGCACACAGUUGGUGACUGAAAGAAUGGAAAUGAAAACAAUUACCAUGACACUUACAUCCAAGAGCUCCUACACAUUAUCGACGCCAGGUUGCAAAUCAGGAUGUUAAGAUAGACACUGAGUUUGAAGUUUCUCUGAAACAGCACAUCUGUGGCAUUGCAGCCAGACAGUUUCAGAAAAUGCAUGAGGAUUCAUACAUGCCAAUGAUCCCUCCAGAUGUCUGAAUCCAAAACAAGGAAAAGUUUCGUACUGACUUUAAAGAUGUCUUCAAUGACCGAGACCAGUGCCAAAAGAAGGCAGAAGAAUUCACGGAUCGUUGCUUGAAGCCGCAGUCGAAGACUUUGUCAACCGUUCCUUGGGUCCUGAUAUCAUUGGUGAAAUGCUGACAAGUGAGCAGUUCAGCACACGAAUGUUCUUCCAGUAUUCAGUUUUACUGGAUUUGCUUAGAAAGGAUGACUUUGAACACUAUCAGAGCUACAUAUGCACCUAUGAAGAGUAUGUAAAGGACUGGAUACUCAACCAAAUAGUGGAACGCUUCUCAAAAGGGUCUUUGACGUUUGAGUUUGAGGAUCGACAUGUUCAGUCAAGUAUCAGGAGCAUCAAUGAUGCGGUCAACAAAGCUAAAACAGAAAAGAGUGGCAACUUGAAGUCAUUCAUUAAAAAUGUCUGUCAGGAACUUGGUGAUAAACUGGUCAUUUCCCAGGAUGCUCUUGGGGCUUUCAUGAUCCUGAACAAUGCCGACCAGGAACAGUUUGCUCACUGGCUGACUGAGUGUGUGAAGGACAUGGCACAAGUCCUUCAAAAGAAGUUUAAAGAAACAAACAUCCAAAUGAAACUAAUAAAACUAAAUGUCCAUCCUCAGAACGCGCUUUUCAACAAACUGAUCGGAUGUGGUAAACAGUGUCCAUUCUGCGCAACGCCUUGUGAGGCAGGAGGAAAAGCACAUAGCGAGCACUUUGCUUCAGUACAUCGGCCCCAGGCUCUGGGUAGAUACAGAUGUUCUCUCUCACAAAAACUUGUCACUGAAAUAUGCUCCUCUCUUGUGAUCACACCAGACAGAACUUUUCGAUGUGAUGCUACAAACUGGGAAAGUCACCACUACAAGCAUUACAAAGAAAUUUUCCCUGACUGGAAAAUCCCACCAGAUGGAAGCCUUCAGGCAUCAGACUACUGGAAAUAUGUACUGGUCAAAUUCAACAAGAAGUUUGCCAAAGCAUUCAAAGCAAAGCGUGCUGAUAUUCCUUUAAUGUGGAACAUGAUUACACCUCAGCAAGCAGAGGAAAGCCUCAAAGAGUCUUUCGCCAUCAAGUGAGAGACUCCAUGCUUUGUGGUUACAGAGGUGCUUUCACAGAGGAGCAAUAGAAAGCCUCCUGACUGCAAACAUUACAAACUGGCCUUGGAUGUGCACGGUACAGGACCGGAGCUACAUAGCAUAUCAUAUUUAAUGAUAUGUACAUAUCUAGUGAUAUGCUCUACAGCAGGUGAUUAAAUACCCAGAACAUCAUUGGCACAUCUACUGAGCAUCAGUGAUAUUGGUGAGAGGAGGAGCCUGGCAGAGCUAAAGAGAUAUUAAAAGACAAAACCCUCCCCAGCCUGUCUUUCCUGCUUCCUUCUGGAAAGAGAUGCAGAAGAAUCAGCUGCAGAGCCACCAGACUUCAGAACAGCUUCUUUCCUCUGGCUGUGAGACUCCUGAACUCAUCCUCCACCCUCCAUAUAUAAUAUUGUUUUCAAUGUACAUGUUACGGGCACAUGUUUUUGUGGAAGAUGAUUUUCAUUAUAUUGUUAUUGAAAAAUGUACACUGUGAAUUGAAUGUCAUAUCUUUCAUUAAGGUUUUUUUUUUCUGUGACGUUUCCAAUCUCAAAUGUUCAGAUUCUUUUUUACAUUUUAUUUUUAAAAGGAAUUCAGUUAUGAUGUACAACUGUAGUCAGAGUCUUUGAAUCUUACAAUUGUUUCUGUGAAGUAAAAGAUGCAAAAACAUUUACAAUGCCAAUCUUUGAAACUAUCAUUUGUACUGAACGUCAACGUGCAAGUUGUGAUCUUAUCUAAUUGAGUAUAAUAUGUUGUGUUUAUUAGUCAACUUUUUUAAUCGUCGUUUUUAUUUCAAUAUCUACCUAUUUAGGUUCAUGUUGUCUCUUCUACUCCAAAUAUGUGUUUUUUGUUUCUGCAAAGUAUCAAAUUCCAGAUUUAGAAUUUUGAAUCAUUCAGUCUAUAUGUGGUAUUGUUCACAUUGUUUUAAUUAACUUGUGUGUGAUCUGUCAUUAUUUUUACUCUAAAUCUAGAAUAUCUUCGUAAAGUAUCUAUGCAAAACAUUAUCUUUAUAUCGUUCUUUUAAACACCUUUUUUUAAUAGUUGAGUAUAUUGUCAUCUUCUUAACUCUAAAUGCUUUUGUUUUUUAUUUUAAUUAGUAUUUGAUGGUAUAUAUUUACAUUUUUAAGUUUACAAAAAUGAUGCAGUGUUGUUUACAUUCAUACAUGAACAAGUGAGUUUGAAUCAAAUGCAGUAAAUAUGUGAUUCUUUUUCCUUUAAAAUAUCUGAUUCCACACAUUGACAUAAACAAAUUCAAAAUAUAAUGAUUUCCUUAUUGUUAACAUGUAUACUUACCUCUGUUCACUAUCAAUAAAGAGACA